AUGGAGUAUCAUCAAAGUAUAGAUCUGAUCUCUUUGGAACAUAGUGGUAGUGAGCCUGAAGCUGAGUAUCCUCAGUUCAAAUCUGAUCAGGAUUUUCAGGACGAAAUACGGAGACUAAAGAAACAAAGCUCAAAGAAAUUUAAGAGUAAAUGGGAAGAAAUACUAGACAAGUACAGUAAGAUAGAUGAUGAUAUUGAAAGUGAUGAAAUAGAUAUACUAACAGGGAAAAUUACCAUUGAUAAUGGCCACUUGAAAUCCUUAAGGAAAGAGUCCGACCAGGUGUUAAAUGGAAAUGUAUGGGCCAUUGAUUAUGACAAAGAACGAGAUGUUAGAAAUAAUAGAAGACGUGAAUUAAGAAUUAAGAAUAAGAAAACUGUUUUGAAACAAGAACUCAAAGAUCACGAUAAGUUCAUGAAACGACCAUCGCCCACCAGAAACACCAGAAUAGCUGAAGACAAUAUAUUAUUACUUGAUCCUUCACCUAAGAAACAAAGAGUAUCACCUACGAAAAGUUUGAACCGAUAUGAUCAUUUGGAGAUAUCUCCUACGAAUAAUUAUGAUACUGAAAGUGAUGAUGAGGAAAGUGACGAAGAACCCAUUGAAUUUGCAUCCACACCCACUAAGAAAUACUUUGAUUUUACUCCGUUUCGUAUUACUCCUCAACCUCAUACUGAAGGUGAAAUCGAAAGUGGUAGUGAAAGUGAUAGUGAGAUAGACAGUGAAGAUGUUUCUAAUAGCAAGAUAAUAAUUCAAGAAUCAGACUCAGAAUCGGAAUCCUCAACUUCAAUCAAAUUCCAAACUCCAAGCGAUACUCCUCAACCUAAUCCAUUUCAAGAACCCCAAUCCCCCGUUCAAGAAGAAUCUAGUGACUUUGAUGACAACUAUUCCAUAAUAACGUCACCUUAUUCCAACCUCAAACCUCAAUCAAGGUUCCUUAAAUGUUAUUUCCAAGACUGUUUCUAUACAACAGGGAAUCAUAGCAUUUUCAAACGUCAUUUAUUAUCUGAUCACCGUGAUGAGUUAUACAUUAUUGGAUAUCCCAUCUUUAAAGAUGAGACUUCUGGGAAAAAUUGCCAUGUAACCAGAUCUAUGGUCCAAUCUAUAACCAAAGAUUUCCCUAUCAUUCAUGAAAUACCUCCUCUACCACAUUCUAAAGAUCAUAAAAUGUUCAAAUGUGGACUCAAAUUGAAGCACAAACAUUGUACAAGAGAAUUUGUUGAUGUCAACGAACUAAACUAUCAUCAAGAGAACUAUCCUUUCAAAUGUAGUAAAAAGGUACAGGUCUACGUUUGUCCUGUUUUAGGAUGUGGAUUCAUGACUGACGAAGGAUACCUUCAAUGGAGACACCAUUUCAUAGAUAAAAAUCAUUGUCAAGGUGAACCUAGAGGGUAUAUCCAUGAUGAUAUCAAAGAAGUUGUCAAACAUGAGACAAGAGUCAGUGAACAAAAGGUCAGUGAACAAAGGGCCAGUGAACAAAAGGUCAGUGAACAAAAAGUCAAAUCUAAAAAAAAUGAACUUGAAUUCAAAAUCUUACCCCAAUAUACACCCAAGACCAUCGAUUUUGGCAAGGUAGAUGAUGAAAUAGAGCGAUUGUUCAAUAGUGAUUAG